GAGUUCCUCCAUAUCCCUGUGGACUCGGCAGCCGUCACAUGACUGGAAGCAGCCAUGGUCCAGUAGAAGCCCGGCCCGUUCUGACACAGCGCGAGGAAGAGACGGAUCCCAACGUCUGGCCUUUCAUCCUCACCAUGGAUGUGACUAUUUGUGCUCUGGAGCUGCUGGGGCUCUUUCUCUGUGCAGUGGCGUGGCUCGCCUCCCUCACCACCACCCUCAUGUCCACCUGGCUCACUCAAACCACUGAGCUCCUGGCCACUGAGACCUUCCAGCGUGGCCUGUGGGAGAUCUGCGUGGUGCAGGAGCUGGGGGGGCUGGAGUGCCGGCCCUACAGCAGCCUGCUGGGUCUGCCUCAGGACAUCAUGCUGGCCCGGACCCUCAUGUGUGUGUCGCUGGCUGUGGGGCUGCUUGGAUUCGUGCUGACUGUUCCUGCCCUGCAUCUGGUCAACAGCUGCCAGGACCCGGUGGAGGAGCGGUUGUGCAAGAGGCGCCUGAAGGCAGCGGCGGCUGUGCUGUGCCUGGUGGCCGGCGUCCUGGGGCUCAUCCCCGUCUCACACGUGGCUCAUGUGGCAGUCACGCGCUUCUUCGAUGAGACGGUUUCUGAGAUGGUCCCCCGCUGGGAGUUCGGAGAUGCUCUGUUCUGCGGCUGGACUGCCGGACUGGCCUACCUGCUGGCAGGAACGCUGCUGCUCAUCUCUUGCUGGCGUCUGCCAGAGCAGGAGCGCGAGCUGGCGGGUCCCAGUCCGAAGCGGGGGGCACCGCUGAGGAUCCCGUCCAUUAAGACCAGAUCAGAGUAUGUCUGAGAAUGCUUGUUAUCAGAAAACACAGGUUGGGACCAGUUAGUAGAAUCCAAUCAGUCAGUUUGUCUGAAGAGAGUAAGAGAGCACAAAUACGAUGUUUUACUUAGACUCAGGAUGCAGACAAGGGUUAAAUGCUUAGUCAGCACAAACGUUCUCACACCACUGCAUUAUUGAAUGUUCUACUGUCACACAGGCACAGAACAAACAUCAUCCUAAAGGUGGAACACAACUUAGAGUGAGUUACUAGAAUCAAUAAAACACAUUCCAGUGUCCACAUCCAGUUUGUGCUCAGCAUCAGAAACAAAGUUGGAUUUUUCAGCAUGGAACAUUGAAACAGUCAAACUACUACUGGAACAGAAGCGACUGUCGUUAGAUCCGUAGAUGUCAGAUCACAUUCAUGUCCGUCCGUUUCAAUCAUUACACGAAAAAGUCACGAAGCCAAAGAAACAAACAAGCUGCUGUUUUGUGUCAUAUUUCAGGACUAUAUGUUUCAAAGACAACAACGACUAAAGUAUAAAAACCUGUAUUUAGCCCUGAUCGAGUGUGAGGCUCCACAAUGUGCAUUAUAUUUUUGAUAUUUAGAAAGAAGCUUUCUUUAUUAUCAGUGUGCAUGUCAAUAGAUCAGGACAAUGAGUCAAACUUGGUUUGGUAAGUUUGUAUUAUACGUUACUGAAUAUGUAGAAACGGAAUAAAAUUAUGUCAUCAAAAAUC